AUCUGCGAUCGACUCGUCGAGUCUGGGAGCGCCGGAGACAGGCGGAAGUGCGGUUACCUAACAGCAGCAGAGGUUCGAGCUCCGCGGAGACCUGUCCACUUCACACACCGUCUGUCCUCCUGCCAGCAGCAUGCCCGAGGCCCACACCCCCAGGAUUCAAGCCGUCGGCACCAGCGCGAGUGGCGGGCUGGAGGGCUUCAAGGCUCACGCCGUCUUCCAGGAGAUCGACAAGAAGCUUCAGGAGGAGGGCGAGCAGUUUGUGAAGAAGAUCGGCGGGGUGUUCGCCUUCAAAGUGAAGGACGGUCCCGACGGGAAGGAGGCCAUUUGGUUCGUGGACGUGAAGAACGGAAAAGGUUGCGUUCACAACGAUACCGAUAAGAAGGCGGACUGCACCAUCGCCAUGUCGGACACGGACCUGCUGGCCCUGAUGACGGGGAAGAUGAACCCGCAGACGGCGUUUUUCCAGGGCAAGCUGAAGAUCACUGGGAACAUGGGCCUGGCCAUGAAGCUCCAGAACCUGCAGCUGCAGCCGGGAAAAGCCAAGCUGUAGACGGACGCCGCGGCCCGACGCGACCACGCCGCCCCGAGUAGAGUUCAGCGGCAGGCCUGCUGUCAGAUGGACCCGGUGGCGGUCCGGAACGCCUCUCCUCACUGGAUCGAACCACGGCGCUCUCACCGUCACCUCAACAAUCCGCCGGGUUACUCGUCAGCAGCCAUGCCUUUCGAACCGGCGAACGAACACGUUAGUUGGUUCUCCCUGUCCGCAGGUCCUCUGCUGAUGACACUGUAUGUCCUCCAAAAUAGACGUAGGCCGCCUGCUUUCAUACUAAUUAGGUUUAUCUCCAUUCUUUCAAUAGCUCCUCAUGUAUCAAACCUUUAUUGGAGUGGAGAUUUUUCCAAAUUAACAGAUUUAUGUAAUUUUUUCUUAAACACGUGUAACAGUCCAAGUGCCUCCUCCUCCUCUAGAACUGUGGUUUUUACAGCCAUGGCUGCCCAGCGUUUGACUGGCAGGGUCGUAACUGUCUGCAAUAUGAGCUCUACUGUGUGAAUAUAUUGAAAUAAUUCUACUAAAUAAAUUUUGUCUUUGUUGGGUGA